CAUUUCUACCAGAGCAGGGCCCAGCCACCGACCAGUGCUUCCCGGGUGCAGAGUAACACGUCGGCUCGGCCUGGCCCACCCACUCAUGUUUAUCCAGCUGCUUCCCAGGUCAUGAUGAUCCCUUCACAGAUCUCCUAUCCUGCUUCGCAAGGUGCCUACUACAUCCCUGGACAGGGUCGCAACACAUAUGUUGUCCCGACGCAGCAGUAUCCUGUUCAACCUGGCGCCCCCAGCUUUUACCCCGGAGCCAACCCUACAGAAUUUGGCACUUUUGCCGGUGCAUAUUAUCCUGCGCAGAACGUGCAACAAUUCCCAACUUCCCAAGUCAUGAUGAAUCCUCAACCACCGGUCCCGCCAAAGCGAGAGCGCAAGACACAGAUCCGAAUACGAGAUCCAAAUCAGGGUGGCAAAGAUAUCACAGACGAAAUAAUGUCGGGCGCUAGAACUUCUUCUACCCCAACUCCUCCUCAGAUGACCGUUCCAAGACCGGCCCAGUAGUAAGUAAACCGGUAUCCUUGGAGACUAGUAAAUCGGCUUCCCCAUCUCCCCCUCCGCCCCUGACCGAGGCGGAGCCUGUGCAGCCGGCCACUGUGACGCUGGUGCGCCCAGAGAGCCCUGUUGCUGUGGACACUAGAGAGGAGCUACUGGAGGUCCCUGAAGACAUCCUCGAGCCCGUUAGUACCACCACUACAGUGCCAGGAGGCCUUGUGCCCCCUCCGGAGUCCAUCAUUUUGGACACAGAACCUCGGGAAGAGGUCGCUGCUAGCCCUGUUUUGGAGAUUCCUUCCCAGCCACCCCCAGAAACGCAGGUGGAUGAAGAGGCGGUAGCAGAAGAAGAGACAGUGGUUACCCAACAGGAGGCGCUUCAACCCGAGGAGCCUCCCGUAACGCUGCCGUGCGCCCCUCCCGUUCCUUCUCCUCCGCCCGAGGAGGAGGUGGCCGAAGGGGAGGCCGUGGAGUCGAAUGGGGUCUUAGAGGAGGAGCUGCUGGAGGCAAUGCCCGAAGUGCCCCCGUGUGAACCAGAACCGGCCAUGGAAUCCCCCAUUGCUCAGCCGGAAGAGCAGGCAAUACCUGCCGGGAUUGAAACCCCAGAGAAGCAAGAGGCCGAAGAGGCGGAGGAACAGCACGAAUCGGAUAUCAGCCCCAUUUCUGAACCCGAAGAGGUGAAGCCCGAGGAGGUGAUUGUCCCAGUGGCCGCACCUGCUGUGGAAGAGGAGGCGGAGCCAGAGGAGGAAGUGGAGGAAACGGUCGAGGUCCCAGAGCAGAGUGCCGAACCGGUAGCUGCGCCCUUGGAGACCAUGGAAGUGACGACGCAAGUAGCCGUAUCGGUGCCAAAGAGGAAACGAAAGUUGAAGGAUCUGAACAAGAAGGAAGCCGUAGGAGAUUUGCUGGAUGCAUUCAAAGAGGUCAGCGAGGGGGGCUCUGAGACCGAGAACAACCCCCCAGUCCCAGCCCCAGAGCCUGAGGAACCUGCCCCAGUUCGCUCCCAGGAGGAAGCCGAGGAGACCUGGGAACAGAAGGAGGACAAGAUGGAUCCCGAGAAGCUGAAGCAAGCGGAUCAAAAGUACCGCUACAAGGAAGAGCAGUGGAAGCCCUUGAACCCCGAAGAAAAGAAGAGAUACGACCGGGAAUUCCUGCUGGGGUUUCAGUUCAUGUUUGCCAGCAUGCAAAAGCCGGAAGGAUUACCCCAAAUCAGCGACGUGGUGUUGGAAAAGCCUCGAAUGGAUCAGUACUUCAACCAGAUGGAGAAAAUAAUCAAGGAGAAGAAAACGUCCUCGCGGAUCCGGUUCAUGCUGCAGGAUGUGAUUGACCUCAGGCGGUUAAGGGUUUGGAAAAGUCACUUUAUCCACAGUCAACCGUUAAAUCUCCUCUUUGUUCGGCAGCCUGAAGAGAAAACCCGCCUCAAGGAGGAGCUGGACGAUGCAAGGGACAAAGCCCGCCGGCGCUCUCUUGGCAACAUCAAGUUCAUUGGGGAGCUCUUCAAGCUCAAGAUGCUGACGGAGGCCAUCAUGCACGACUGCGUGGUGAAGCUGCUGAAGAACCACGACGAGGAGUCCCUGGAGUGUCUCUGUCGGCUGCUGACGACCAUCGGCAAAGACCUGGACUUUGAGAAGGCCAAGGGGGACGAGGAAACUUAGUAUCAGACGACGGCUGGAACACCGUUCCCAUCAGCAAGGGCAACAGGCCCCUUGACCCCAGCAGGUUAACCAAGAUCACUAAGCCUAGUUCAAUUGACACUAAUAGUCAGCUGUUUGCACCUGGUGGACGACUGAGCUGGGGGAAAGGCAGCAGUGGGGGUUCGGGUGCCAAACCUCCCGAACCAGCUGCUGCUGACACCACCCGUCCAGCCACGAGUACUUUGAAUCGUUUCUCAGCCUUACAACAGUCGGCUCCUGCAGAGAGCCAAGAUGUUCGGCGUGUGAUUCAAAGAAGCAGCAGCAGCCGCGACCGCUCUGAGAAAGGCAGCGAGCGAAGCGAGAGAGUAGAGCGGGCGGAGCGAGGCGACCGCGUGGAGCGAACCGAGAGGGUAGAGCGGGUGGAGAGAAACCGAACCCCGGUCACCAAGCGCAGCUUCAGCAAAGAAAUGGAGGACCGGAGCCGGGAGCGCGAACGGCAAGGAGUCCUUGAAACGGUGCGCAAAGUGGCUAGCAUGACGGAAGAGCGGGACCGAAGCAGGGAACCUGUCAAGCGUGAGCCAGUGGCUGUUCCCGAACCGCCCGCCAAACCUGCCUUAUCCGAGGAAGAGCUGGAGAAGAAAGCCAAGGCCAUCACUGAGGAAUACCUACACAUCAAUGAUAUGAAG